AUGCGCCGCUGCUGCUCUGACAACGUCGCCGCGCUGGGAAGCUUGGGGCGGAGGCAGGUGCGGCUCUGCAUCGCGCUGAUGGCGAUCAACCACUUCACCGUCAUCGGCACGCGGAGCUCCGCCCCCUCUGAACCGCAGCAGAUCGGCGCGGCGCUCACCCCGCUCGCGGUGGCGCUCUGCGUGUGGCCGUUUGUCUUCGUGCGGCUGGAGAGGCGGCACGGCCCCGUGGCGACCCUGAGGAUCGGCCAGCUGGCCUUCGCCAUGGUGAACGCGACGAUGCCUCUCCUGGUCCUUUUGCGCGACUCGCCUCUGCUCUGGGUGGGGCUGGUGGCGGUGGGGUUGUGCCGCAACUCGUCCUUCCCCUCGCUCGCCAUCCUCCUCAACUCGAUGCUUGAUCAGCACCUCGGCGCCAUGAACGGGUUCGCCGCCUCGGUCGGCUCUCUCGUGCGAGCCAUCGCGCCCGUGGCGUGCGGGUCCCUCUUCUCUGCAGCCUCGUCGAUCAGCGAAUCGCCCGAGGUCGCGCAAGGCCUCCCCUUCUACCUCCUCGUCGCCCUCCUGCUCUGCGGCCUCGGCAUGACGGCAGGCCUUGAGCGUCGGGCGUGGUUCGACACCGAGUUUGAAAGAUCCGUUUGA